GGGCAAUGAGCUAAAGCCGCGCCCAGUUGGUGAGGAAAACGGCAUUGUUGUUUUUUCAUACUGUCCUAUAAGUGCUGUAAACUAUGAAAGCACACGUACAAAUAUCAAGACAGAGGAUAAGUCAAGUGAAGAUUCAGAUGACUCUUCGGAUUCUAGGAAUGAAUUCAUGUCUGUCAAUCGGAGAAUGACGCUACAAUCGGGGAAAACACAGCUAAACAGUGUGUCUAAAUUAUUUAAUAGAUUGGAUGAUCGCUCUACGAGCAAUUCUCAGGAUGAAGAUAAUGAUGACUACCAUGGAAGUGUGGAUGGUCAGGAGAUUCGUGAGAAACCCGUUAUUCAGAGUCUCAGUGAUGCGAAGAAAAAACGGUUCGAUACUACAACACUGCAGCAUAACGCAGAUGGAAUGGUUAAGGGCGAAGAUAUUUGGAAGAGCAAUAGUUCUGAGUAUAAACCCGCUUCGCCGCAUUACGUUCUCAGUCAGUUUGGCAAAAAAGUAUCUAAAGCGAUUAUUAAAAAAAUUAUCGAUUACGACGAAAAGCCAUCGAUUGGUACUAGCAGCCUAACCCCAGAAAAGGUACAGAAUAAAUAUGCAGUUACCCCCUUCAAGCUUCCCAAAACCAAUAUUUCGCGCUUGGAAGUUGCUUUUCAAGGCGAUUCACAGCAAUCAUUUCAAAAAGUUUCACAUUCACGCAAAAGUAGCAUGAUGAGUGACACGGACGAAGACAUAAACAUCAGUGAUGACUGCAGCAUAGAAAUGAAUGACAUUGUGAAGGACGACGUAAUAAGUGGCUGCGAUGGGAAAGUUGGUCGUUUAACCGGUGGCGCUGAUAGGUGCCCCCCUACUAGCUCGAGCUCUGUAUCGGAUACAGAAACGCUAGUUGGGGAAGAAAGCAUGUGCAGGCUUGCAUCACCGGAUAAAAUGCCUAUGGAUUUGCCUUUGGGUUCAGCACCGCUUUGUACGCGAGCCGUGACCAUGGCUGCAGCAGUAGCAGCUGUGGCAAGGGGUCGUCGUCGAGGUUUUGAAUCUAUUCCGAUUCUGGGCAGCAAUAUUGGGGUACCUCAUAUGAGUACUACCAUUAACACUAGCACUUAUGAUCAAGCUAACGAUAGACAUAAUCCUGAGUUUAAUAAUGUUAAUGAUCGGACAACCUUUCAAUCUCAACAUAUUUCAUAUGAUAUUCCCCAAAUGCAGUUCAGUCGCUCAUCAGUGGGGGGCGCUAAAUAUGUGUCCAACUGUCAUCCUAUGAACGCCGAGGAGUACGAAAGUCUAGAAUUUGAAUCCCGCUUCGAAUCAGGAAAUUUGGCUAAAGCAGUGCAGAUUACACCCACUUAUUAUGAGCUUUAUCUACGCCCCGAUCUCUAUACAAGCCGAUCGAAACAGUGGUUUUAUUUUCGCGUUCGACACACCCGUCGUAACAUGCUCUACCGGUUCUCUAUUGUAAACUUAGUGAAGUCAGAUAGCCUUUAUAACGAUGGCAUGCAACCAGUUAUGUACUCUACUUUAGGAGCAAAGGAAAAACACGAAGGUUGGAGAAGAUGUGGUAACAACAUAUCCUAUUAUCGUAAUGAUGAUGAAAGCAACAAUAAUACAAAUGAAGAGGACGACGAUAAUUCGAGCUACACCUUGACUUUUACCAUUGAGUUUGAGCAUGAUAAUGAUACAGUAUUCUUUGCACAUAGCUACCCGUACACAUAUAGUGACUUGCAGGAUUAUUUGAUGGAAAUACAGCGUCACCCUGUCAAAUCAAAAUUUUGUAAGCUGCGACUACUCUGCCGCACACUAGCAGGCAAUAAUGUGUAUUAUCUGACUGUUACUGCGCCAUCUAAUAAUGAGGAUACAAUGCGGCAGCGAAAAAAAUCUAUUGUUGUAUCGGCACGCGUACAUCCCAGCGAGACGCCAUCAUCAUGGAUGAUGAAGGGUCUGAUGGAUUUCAUAACAGGAGAUUCAACAGUAGCAAAGCGUCUACGUCACAAAUUUAUAUUUAAACUAGUACCGAUGCUAAAUCCAGAUGGUGUAAUAGUUGGUAACACUCGGAACUCUUUAACUGGAAAGGACUUAAAUCGACAGUAUCGAACUGUUAUUAGAGAAACUUAUCCAUCUAUUUGGUAUACAAAAGCGAUGAUAAGAAGACUGAUAGAAGAAUGUGGAGUGGCCAUGUACUGUGAUAUGCACGCUCAUUCACGCAAGCAUAACAUAUUUAUUUAUGGCUGUGAAAACAAACGCAAUCCCGAAAAGCGGCUUACUGAGCAAGUCUUUCCGUUAAUGCUGCACAAAAACAGCGCCGAUCGAUUCUCAUUUGAGAGCUGUAAGUUUAAAAUACAACGGAGCAAGGAAGGCACAGGACGUAUUGUUGUUUGGAUGCUGGGCAUUACAAACAGCUAUACUAUUGAAGCAUCUUUUGGCGGCUCUUCACUGGGGUCACGCAAAGGCACACAUUUCAACAUUCAGGAUUAUGAGCACAUGGGACGUGCGUUUUGUGAAACUUUAUUGGACUAUUGUGAUGAAAAUCCGAACAAAGUAAAGCGACAUGCUAAAUUAUUUAAGCAAAUCAAAAAGAUAAGAAAACGCGAGAAACGCGAACAGAAAGCAUUGAAAUUACAAAAAAUGGCCGAUCAGAUUUUAAAUUUACUCAAACAACAGGAAAGACUCCGCUCUAAAAUAAUCGAAAGACUGAUGCGCGAAGGAUCGAGCGCUGAUGAGCCAUUGAACAUACCACUUUCCGAUUACUCCAGCGAUGAUGGUAAUUGCAGCUCUAGCUCUGACAAUGAAGGCAAACAUUCGAUUACAGCGUCUGAUCUUGAAGGUCCUUGCUGUGCGCCUAUUCGAGCACCACCCAGUUCUCCUGAGAUUCUGCAUGAGAUUCGUAAGUUUCGAGUACGUCGAAUGCACAAGGUGAUGCAUGUUUUGGAUCAAAUAUACUUUUCACCGGUUCUACAACGAAAAUUCAAGGCUCUUGCGCGUCUUAAGCGCCGCCGCCAUAAAUUGGGUUGUAAGGCGGUUGGCUCAAAGCGUGCCACUGGUGGUGGAGGUGGACCAAGUUCACCAAAUGGCAAUGCCAGUGAGCGAAACAGCGAAAGCCCCCAGAUAACAAUCAAAGCCACACGCCAGUCGCCUGAAUCCGAAAGCUCCGAAAGCAAUGGGUCUCAGUCGUCAGACUUAUUGACCGAUGCAAGUAACGAAAUAAAUCAGACUGGAAAACAGUUAAAUCGUAAGCGUAACAAAAGAAAGAAGCACAUGCCUACAGAAAAAUGCAAAAUUAAAGCAACUAACAGAAAAAUGCGUAUUGACCGGAACUUGCGACUUUGGCUGGCUAACCGACGCAUUUUUAUUUUUCGUCGCAAAAAGAACCGCCGACAACGUAUCCGAAAUAAGCCGCUUAAGAAACGGGGCGAAGUGAUUAGAACGCCACUCGACUUGCCUACCACCGAUCCUGGCUCCGAUUUACAUUUUUCCACAGAUGAUGAAGACCUUUUUCCAGCUGGUAACGCCACAUUUGGAGCAGUGGCACCACUUCGUCACACUCUACUGCAGAGCGAGUUGCAGCGGCGAUAUAUUGAAGAAAUUGGCGACUUGGUAGUGCAAAAGCCCAAGCCGGCUAAUAUGCCACCAGAAUUAAUCGUGACAGCACCCUCAAAAAACUGCGGCCCAGGUGGAGUUAAAAAAUUGGAAGUAUACAAACUUAUACCUAGCACAGCACCCGAGCAACAAGCUCAGAUGCAAGCCCAGACAAACGGUACUGGUGCUCGACGCACGUAUUCCUGGCACAAUCUCAACCAAGAUAACGGCCGUGCUAAGCAUAGUUUCUUCAUGAACGAAUCAAAGCCAGCCAUAAAGGUUCAAAAAACUCCACCGAGGCGUGUACCAAACAAUUUCAUCCCACUAAAUCAGCAAAGACAUGUCCAUUCAAGUCAUGCUGAAGACCUAAAUGUGAAACUAUCCAUUAAGAAAAAAAUUUGGACGGGAGCUCACGGCGAUUCAGAUGCUCGACCACUGGGUUGGUACAAAGACCAAUCCCAGGCACAUGCACACAUGGCUAGCGUGAUGGCAACAGCUGCUCUCCGAAGCGCUGAAGGAUCACAAGCUCGAAACAUGUAUAACGCCGCUAGUCACAAGGAACCAUUGAUAUCGGCAGUAGAGUCAACAAUAGGUUCAGCAACCUUGCCACCUGCUUAUGUAGGUGCACCACGUAGAUCCCGCAAAUUGGAGCAAGUGGAUUUAUUUAACGCCUGUUCAGAAAAGCUGUUAUUGUGGCAGCAAGACCAUAAAAAAGCACAGACGUCAAGUACACGCCUUAUGGGCGGAACGACUACUAAGCUAGAAAAUCCGCAGAUCUUUUUACGCGGUCGCAAGCCAAAAAAGGUCAUCAGAACAGCCGGCGGAAAUGAUGCCCAUUCCAACAUGGCCGGAGUAACUGGAAAGGGGAAACGAAAGACAAGUAUAAUUAAACUUGCUGAGACGACGCAGUUUGUAACCCGUUUUUCACGAAUGCAUGCAAGUACUGGAGGUUCUGCCACUGGUGAUUUACAGCAACAUCAAAUGACUCAAAUGCAACGGCUAAUUUUAAAAACUCAAUCAGGCAGCGGGUCAGAACGCACACAAAACGCCCCUGUCAGUGGCAUUCAAAACCCUGGUGGACGCAUUGCUAGCAAGUUUAAGACUAGUGGCAUAGUCGUAACAGCGGUCCAACAAUCGGUGGGCAGUUAUGCAGGGGGUGUUAAUCUUUCAACACGUAUUCGCCAUGCUGGUGGUCAGCCCAUAAAGAAAUGCAGCAACAGUGUCGCCUCUGAUAGUCAAAACAUGUUUCAAUGCCGCACCGAAGAUAAAUCAGUGGCAGGAAUUUCCCUAGACACGGUCAACCUGGUACGCAAGGUUAAGACAAAGUUGAAAAAAAGGAAGUCCCGCACGCUUGCGAAUGAUGCCGCUACAUCAGCUAAAUAAAAUCUAUCAGUAAUUAAGCCGAAACACUAAGAUCCCCGGACAUCCCUCGACGCCCUGAUCGAUAGUUUCCUUUCUCGAACUCUUUGUACUUGUAUGUGAAUUUAUUAUUAAGCCAAAUUUUAGUUGAAUUAGUUAUAAAAAAAAAAGCGCCAAAAUGGCAUUAAGGAUUAUAAGCAAUUAGCAAAAUGUGAGCACACUGAUGUAGCAAAAUUGAUGGGGUACUAUACUACCCCAAAGUUUGCGUAUAACGUACAUAUAUUUGAAUA